UUAAAUCAACAGAUAAAUAGAGAAAGAGAGGUCCCUCCCUCUGAUCCGUUAGGGUUCUACCCUUUUCUUCUUCACUCUUCUUCUCUAACGCAGCAAACGAACGAGAGGCUGCAUCUGGACCCAAAACUUUGGUAUAACUAUUUGAAUGUGCAAGACAUGGAUAACAUACAAGAUAUCACACAACGGAUAUACACAUUCAAAGUUGAAGCUUUUCCACAGGACAUAAUACAUGAGAUCCUAUUUAGGCUACCACUUAAAUCUUUGAUAAAUUGCACCUCAGUGUGCAAGCCAUGGAGGUCCAUGAUCAUGAACCAAAGUUUUAUCCACGCUCACUUCAGCCAUACAGUCGACUUUGCUAAUCAGAAGGACAUUGACCUCCUCCUAUUCCACAGAAUUUCUGGUAGUGGGAGCACCAUCUACUGCCACAACACAGUCAUUCACAAGGUAGAAGUUGAGUUUCACUCUUUGCAUUAUGAUAAUGAGGCUUUUGAUGUGCACUCCAAGAUAGAAUUUCCAAUUGCUCCAAAGAAAAAACUGCUCAAUCCACAUCUCCGUGUGGUUGGCACUUGUAACGGGCUAAUCUGCCUUGCGGAUGAUAUCUCCGCUUAUGGUUACAACUUCUUUUUAUGGAACCCAACCAUCAGAAAGUUAGCGACUCUUCCUGGGCCUGGUAUUACCUUUUGGACGCAUGGUGCAUACAAUGCUUCGAUUGGGUUCGGUUUUGAUUCUAUGACCAAUGACUAUAAGGUUGUGCGACUUGUGACUUUAAUGGAUGAAGUUGAGAGGCCAACUCUAGCUGAGGUUUAUUCCCUAGCCACGGGCACAUGGAGCAGUCCUGUUUGUGUUUCUCCUACAUGUCGAAUAGAAAUGGCUGCAUCCAAUGCUUUUGUUAAUGGGGUUCUUCAUUGGCCUGUAGUCUCAAACAGUGAUCAUUGCUAUUUUAUACUGACAUUUGAUCUGGGAAAUGAGGUGUUCCGUAUGAUACCUAUGCCCAAGAUUAUCCAAUGGAACUUCAAUUUGGGGUUGCGAUUGUCUGUUUCAGAUGACAGAAAAUCUGUCGCUCUGUUCAUGAGGGAAAAGAGUCAUGAAGAUUUCAUGAUAAAUAAUAGUCGUGAAGAUUCUGUUCUUGAUAUAUGGGUGAUGAAAGAGUAUGGUAGAAAGGAAUCAUGGACCAAAUUGAUUACUCUCGGUCCACAAGGUCGAGAAAGGCGUUUACCCAGCGCCUUUUGUUUUAGGAAGAAUGGGGAACUGUUACUGCUCAGAGAAGAACAGUGGAAGGAACAAGUAGUAUCACUAGACCUUGUGAGCACACAGUUUAAAAAUCUUGGGAUUUCUGGAUAUGAUUAUUGCACUGUUGAUUUUUAUAAAGAGAGCCUCCUCUUACUCGACAAGACUGAUGCAGAGUCGUACUAAGAGAAAGAACAGGGCAGUAGCGUCCUAUGCCUGAAGUGCCUGAUGUUUCGGUGUAUUUAGUUGACAUGCCUGAUGUCACUAUUUAUUAUUCUUCAGCUUUUGGAAAACUUUAAUGGAACUAAUGGAAGUAUCUAGUUACAAAUUUCAAUUACCUUUGCAGUUUGAAACUCUGCACCAGUUUCCAUGAAA